AUGGCGUCACUCAUUCCUCGGUUUGUUGUGCUGAGAUCAAACGGUGACAAGUAUUUGCGUUACACUAAAGAAGGAACAAAUAGCACAUUCAUCAGAUGUGAUGGAUAUAAUAUUGGUGAUCCGCUAUCCAAGUUUCGAGUCGAAAGAGCGAGUAUCAACCGCGAUUUAGUCAACAUAAGAUGCUGCUACAACAACAAAUACCUUGCUCGGGCUAGAUUUGGGACGAGUUAUAUGGCAGCAGCGAGCGAUACUGUGGAGGAAGACCAAUCGAAAUGGUCAUGCACGCUGUUCCGACCCAUGCUCGCCGAUAACAUGACAUUUCGGUUCCAGUAUGUUCAAAACGGAAGAAAUCUCUGCAAUAUGCAACUCGGGGCCGGCGUUGACAAUGAUCUCUUCGUAGCUGCCCAAUGGUCCGCCUUUGACCAAGGCGGAUGGGAUCUCUUCACAGUCAUCAACUGGGAAUCACUUGUCAUACUGCCCAAAUAUAUAGUUUUCAAGGGAGACAACGGCAAGUAUUUACAGUACCGCGGUGAGGGUCGUAACGAGCAUAUGGAAUUUCGGUGUGAUGAUGCUGGCGCGAUAAAAGUUUCGAACGAAACAGUUGUUAAUUCCGAUGGCAGCAUCAGUUUUAAGCUCGAACAAAAUAACAAUUUCUGGGAGGAAACUCCGAAUUGGAUAUUUCCAACCGCGGUAACCCCGAACGCAAGAACAUCAUUUUCGCCCGUAAAACUUGCGCCAGUUGGAGGCAAAGACAAUAUUAUUGCUCUCAGGAGUUUACACAACAACAGAUUUUGCCGUCGAACCAGUGACAACCUGGGCACAGAUGAUUGUCUGGCAGCUCCAUCCUGGGCCACAACUAUAGACAGACAGGCUAAUCUACAGGUCGAAGAGCCAAUACUGAGUCGGGAUGUUUACGAUGUUAUUUUCCGUCUGGGAGACCUGAGGGUAUACGACGAACAAAUUCUGAUUCUGGCAACAGAUGAAAUUAGCAACAGGACAGAUACCGAAAUAGAGGAUUCUGAACUUGGUCUGGAGUAUGAAGACACACAAACUAGCAGUUUCAUCAACAGCCAAUCGGUAACAACCAGUACUGAAAUGAGAUUCGAAGCCAACAUUCCGCUGCUUGGACGUUUUUUUUCGGCCGGAAUAUCGUCUAGCUAUUCCGUAGAGUACGGCAAUACAUACACAUGGGGCGAGGAAAAGUCGAAGACCAGCCAAUUAUCUGCUAACAUAAGUGUUGUGGUGCCUCCCAGGACAAAGGUAACUGUAAAUCUGGUCGCCACCAAGGGAUUUUGUGAUGUUCCCUUUUCUUAUGCUCAACGAGACACUCUUACCAAUGGCCAUCAGUUUACUUAUAUUAAGGACGACGGUGUUUAUAAUGGCAGCAACUACUUUGGAUUCAACUUCGUCGUCAAGGAGGAGGCACUUCCCGCCGGCUGA